AUGAACCUGCCUGUCUUCUUCUUCUUCUUCUUCUUCUUCUUCUUCUUCUUCUUCUUCUUCUUUCGCCUCAUUCUGAAUCUUUCAUAUUUUACUCUUAGUCUAUUUUUCUUAGUCUUUUCCUGUUUAUCUAAGUCUCGGCUCGGCUAUCUGAGUCUAUCUAUCUAUCUAUCUAUCUAUCUAUCUAUCUAUCUAUCUAUCUAUCUGUCUGUCUGUCUGUCUAUCGCAGUCACGUCUCUUCUAUAUCAAUCUAUCUAUCUAUCUCUCUAUCUAUCUAUCUAUCUAUCUAUCUAUCUAUCUAUCUAUCUAUCUCAGUCACGUCUCAUUUAUAUCAGUAUAUUUAGAUCAAUCUUUCUCUAUCGCGAACGUUCUCUCGCUCUCUCUCUCUCUCUCUCUCUCUAUCUAUCUAUCUAUUUCAGUCACAUCUCUCUCUCUCUCUAUCUAUCCAUCUACCUAUCUCAGUCACGUCUUGUGUAUAUUAGUCUAUCUAUCUAUCUAUCUAUCUAUCUAUCUAUCUAUCUAUCUAUCUUAUAUUAG